AUGGCUCCGGCGACCGGAUUUUCAUACCAGAGGCUGAGGAACGAAGGCAGUGGAGACGAGAAUUAUGAAUACCUAAAAGAAAUGAAGAGAGCGAUUGCUCACGUGAAGGCCAGAAUCCAAUGGUCUUCGAGGUUGAAGAGAGUGCCAUUGAGGAAGAAAUCGAAAAAGAUGAAGAUCCCAAGCUUGAGGAAGUUCAUGAGGAGAAGAGCUCGAGUUGUGAUGCUUUCAAUGGCGAAGGUUGUGAAGAGGCUCAAAGACAGCCAAUCACAUUUCGGCGAUUUGUUUGCUGGUAAUUAUCUGUUCAUGCAAGUCAAUCCUUCUUCUAUGAAAUCUUCUUCUCGUUUUGCAAUUCGUGGAUCAAUUAAGGGAAUUGAAGAUCAUGAUUUACGCUGUUCUUCUUCUUCUUCUUCUUCCCUUAGGGUUUCGUAA